AUGACAGACCCCAACAAGAUCAUCAUCAACUUGGCCCUCUUUAGCAUCACUCAGAGUGGAAAAAGUUCUGCUGGAAACAUUCUGCUGGGAAGCACAGACUUUCACAGCAGCUUUGCUCCCUGUUCUGUGACCACAUGUUGUAGCCUGGGCCGCAGUUGUCACCUCCACAGCUUCAUGCGUCGAGGUGGGCUAGAGGUAGCCCUGCAGGUCCAGGUGUUGGACACUCCAGGUUAUCCACACAGCAGGCUGAGCAAGAGCUAUGUGAAACAGGAAGUCAAAGAGGCUCUGGCACAUCACUUAGGGCAAGAGGGUCUCCACCUUGCACUCCUGGUUCAGAGAGCAGAUGUGCCUUUCUGUGGGCAGGAAGUAACUGACCCAGUCCAGAUGAUCCAGGAACUUCUUGGACGUGCUUGGAUGAAUUACACAGCCAUUCUUUUUACCCAUGCAGAAAAAAUAGAAGAGGCCGGGCUUACUGAAGAUAAAUAUUUACACGAGGCCUCUGAUACCCUGAUAACGCUGCUAAAUUCUAUUCAGCACAAAUAUGUUUUCCAGUACAAAAAAGGAAAAUCACUCAAUGAACAAAGAAUGAAAAUCUUAGAAAGAAUUAUGGAAUUUAUAAAAGAGAAUUGUUACCAAGUUCUUACCUUUAAAUAA